AUUUGCAUUGAUUUUCCUUAUCCUUGUUGACUUGAAAAUUUUCACGCGAUUAGCACAGGUAUGUGUAGAAUACGUUCACUAUGAUAUUCUACGUUAAUUGAAAAAUGUGGGGAAAAAUGUAUCGAUAAUUCUGGAAAUUUGUGGCAAACACUGCAGUGAGAAAUCGCAAUGCUAGAUCAAAUCGGGAGAAGACGCAACAUUUCGCGCGAUGUCAGACCGCAAUUGCAGUUCCGGUCACAUCGCACGGAAAGCUUUGAAUUCCCCGACUCGACCUCGCAUUAGGUCCCCUUCUUUUCAGCUGCACUUUAUUACACUCUCUCCGCGCUUUAAGUGAAACGAUUGUACUUCACGCUUGGUAGAGAGCGGAGAGAGGAAGAGAGGAGCGAGGGAGCGAGAAGAAAAGUGUAGACAAGCGCGGAAAGUGGCAGCUGAAGAGAACGUGGCUAUUAUAAUCCGCGCGAUAACAAUCUGUCGCUUGUCUCGCCUUUCAGCAUAGUGUGACAACUUCACCGGUGUUAAUGAUAAUGCCUCCCUCUGCGCAACUUUUAGUUCUUUUAACAAAAGAACUAAAUAUCUUUAUAAUUUCGUACCAUUGAGUCUCUCUUUCUUCCUCUCUCUUUAUUGCUUCUAUUGGGGCACAAUCUGUUUUGAAGAAAGAAAUAAUAACCCUCGUGUACACACUGAAAUAUACGCGAUGGCUUGUCCGAUAUCGAAGGAAAUAUUCGGUGUUUGGAUUCCACAAACGGCCCGUUAGCGUUAGCUUAAAUUGCAUCGCGAACGGGAGGAAGCACGCCUUUUAAUCGCGAUCGCAGUAAACGGCGCUGCAGGCUGAUGUUCCAUUAGGAAAUAGAAGCCGGAGGUUCGUCGGUCUCUCGUGGUAUUCCGGAAGAAAGAAUAAUGCCCCGACCUCGAUCUCCUACGCGUCUCGAAGGUGUUGCUUCGUUCUUUGACGCAAAGGCGAGGCUUUGGCGCGAUACUAGAAAGGGUGUAUCAGAAAUCGCUCGUACUCUCUCCCGAUCUCGAGUUCUCAAAGGGUGUAAAGAUUGAGCGGCGACGCGAUCGUAGAUUUUAAGAUUACGCUCGAAACGCCAUCGAUUCUCUCGAUCCCACUUUCACAGUAACGUAGCAUUUUGCGUUUUUAUCGCACGACGUCCGUCGAAUCGUGCAAGUUACGUUCGUCCGUUCGCGUCACCUUCGCGUCGGAUGUUGCGGUCGUGUAAACGUUCCCCCAAUAAAUCGUCGCUGAAAGGGAACCCAGCCGAAAUAUUGCCGUUCCCAGUGAAGCAAUUCGUAAAUGGGAGAGAGCGAGAGAGGAAGAGAGUGCACGGGGACUUCCGCUGCACCGUGUAUAUCGACAAGAAAUACCUGGCCGGCGACUAUGUGUUAUACUCUACCGAAUUAGGUUGUACAUACAUCUACCGUUUUCUCUUAAGAGACGUCUCCGACCUAACCGCCGCUGCGCGCCGAUAUAUGUAUACAUAGUCGCCUCAUCGUCAGGUAUGGCGCGCGUUAGAAGUAAUUCGAUCGACAUGUCCCAUUUAUGUCUACUCGCGAGCAAAAUGUAAUAAAAGCCGCAGCGGUAAUAGCGAGUGCCACCUGUUUCACCCCGGUGAAACGGGAAGCCGUGCGCGACGAUUGAUACAACAUUCCUUCUACGUAAUCGGGACCCUUCUUUUAUAAUAUCUCUCUCUCUCUCUCUCUUUCUCUCUGCGGAGGAAAGUGGCGGCGACAACGGCUUUAGGGAGAAAACGGCAUGCUUUCAACAUACAACCAUGAUUAUGCCAAAGUUUUUGCCCAAUUUAGCUAGUAUUUGCUCAAUUUCAACUCUAUAAUCAAUAUAGUUGAUUAUAUUACUAAGUUAAAUAUUAAUUAACUCCGUAGUGGAAACGAAAUUUCUCUCCUAGGUGAGCGAAUGUACAGGGCGCGGCGCGCUGUGUUAGAGAGAGAGAAAGCGCGCGAGGACGAAUCUUGUUUUCUACUUUAAUUUUCGUUUCUGAUUACUUCUUGUUUCUCAUAUUUUAAUUUUUAUUCCCCGAGUAUAUCUAGUUAUAUUCUGUGCGCGCGUUCCGACUCGAGAGGAAGACGAAAUGUUUAACGUCCGAGAAGUAACACACUUUAUUAUUACGUACCUUCGUAACCUUUUCGAGCGCGAAACAAAGAAGUGCUCUCUCUCUCUCUCUCUCUCUUUCUUUUUCUCUAUUUCUCUUCAUUAAUGAAAUAUCAAAGGUUAUUAACGGCGGCCUCGAUAUGCUGCGUAAUUCAUUCGGGCGGACUUCGAUUUUCAAAACGCGGUCUCUUCGCGCUGCGUGCAAGACUUUUGUCGCGCGCUUUGGAACGACAUUCUAACGAUUCCUGUCGGCGAAUCCGAACGAUUGGCCGACGUUAUAAUGACAAUCAUUAAGUCCGUAAAAAUGUGCACAGUUAAUCGCAGUUUAUGCGCGCGUACGCGUGUGCACACAUUCAAGGAGGAAAUGUGUGUGUGCAUGUACAUACAUAUUUUUUUUCAUCGGCAAAAAGAGCAGCGUAUCGGAAAAUUUAUUUAUAGUUCAACUGUAGCGCCGGGGCAGCCGCAAUGGCGGCUGGCUUGUAACGCCUCGUAAUAAGCCGAGAUGUAUAUAAGUGGAUCACGACCUUCUGCUAUUUUUUCCAUUUAGUCGUUAUUAUGUUAGGCGCGCUCGCGCGCGCCCGUCCGCGCGUUCGGCUUCUCGGAUGCAUCAUUUAAUCGCGAAGGCGCGAAGCAGAGCAGCCGCUGCCGAUCGAAAACUGGCUUUCGCAGGAAGCUGCGUACCGCAAAGCCGAUGAUCGACUUUCGUUAAUAUCGCGGCUUAGACUUAGCCGCAUCUAUCACGUAUCCCGAUAUAUAUCCCCCGUAAUAAAAGAAGCGGCGCAGGUCGACCGAAAUCGAUAGCCGAUAAAAGUGUUUACAUUAUUACACGCGGCUGAAACAUUAUUUUUACAUUUUCCGCGAGAGAGUCGGAGCAUUUACAGAUCCUCCUAAGGAUAAAUAUCCCGGCAAUACUGAAUUCCCGGAUCAACAUUUCGCGCUAAUGCGAGAAAUAACGGAUUUGCUCUUUACGGUGUGUAUCCCCCGAGUAUCAGGCUCUCUUCUGUCGCCGCUGCUUCAUGGAAAAUCGCCGCGCGGAGUCGUGCAAAGAGCACCGCUGUGAAUCUCAUCGCGAACAGUUGGGCGCAUCAGAAGGGUAGAUAUUAAUAACGGGGAUUGUCAAAGCGAUUCUCGUCGGGGAGGAACAUCACUUCGAGCCUUUCGACAACUUCGUGCAUCGAAGGCAAAGUUAAUUACCGAAAGUACCGUCGACUUCGUUGUUUUUCAAAACGACCGUAAUAUCGCGCUUCGGGAAAAUAUGUUCCCGCGAAAACGCGUAGUUUCUUUGGCGCGGAAGGCCUGCGAUAUUCCGGGCGAGCGGAGUGAAGCACGUGGGUGCGACUUCGACGUCCGAUCGCGCGAUACGGACGAACAUUGUGCAUUACGUAUUAUUAGACACGCAUCCUGGUAGCGAAUAAUCGCGCACGUCCACUUAACGGAGAACACCGCUAGGUGUGACGUAAGUGAUUUUAAUACUCAUCAUCCAUCCGCUGUGUAUAGGCGAGAACACAAAGUCGAUCUCUUUUAAAAGAUCGCUCGCAUUGUCCGCGAUGAAUGCGCACACGCGCCGUGCAGUUAUCAGCGCGCUGCAACCCGUAGCUGUCGCCCUCGUUAUUAUUUUAAACGGCAUUACAGACUCUCCCGUAAUGCCGUACUUCGGAUAGCGACAAACGCUAAAGUUUCCGAUCCACCGUGACGAUUUCACUUCCAAUUUACUUUACUGCCCUCGCCGUAAACGCGUACCUAGCCUAGCCGUUCGCAAUUAAAUCUCAAGACUGCUCGCUCCUCAGACGGCGAAAUCGCGAAAAAGGGGGGCAAUCGAUGUCAUCGUUCGAACGACAAUCUUUUGACACCUUCCGAGAGAGUAAUACUCGCGGGAAGGAAACUCACGUUUCAGCGACAGUUGUCGUAUUUCUUCUCACUAUUAAAAAGAAAAAGUACAACGGAAACAAUCGUCGUUGGGGUCUAAUACCUCGACUGGAGUGCUCCGCGGAGUGAAGGUGUGAGAUUUUCUCUCCGCUCGUGCUAUUUUCCGCUCUCUAGCGAGAGCACGACGGCUGUUCUUGUAUCGAGGUGGCCAGAUGGUUCUGAGACCUUUUUUUCGCCACGGCGCGCUAAAUCAUCCCCCGGCCGGGAUGCGAGCUCGCGGACGAAGAAGAAGCAGCGACGUGCUCCUUACGGAGCCCGGUAACGUCUUGAGCUGUGAGCUUCGUUAGCAUUUUCCCGAAUCGCGCAUACUGAUACGAGUUUUGCGCGCGCAAGCGUGCGUCCGAGCGUCCCGUAUGAAUCGUCUGAAGCGUAUUAACAAACUAAUUAAGGCCAGUGUUCGUUAUACCGAGGCAUGCCGUUAACGAGACCGCGUCUCUCUAUGCGUUUCUAUAUUUAUUUAUGGAGCAGGUCGCGUGACGUAGGGUCAGCCAGCGGAGCUACCACCUGGCAACCGUCUGUCGCGUCAGUUCUCCACCGGAUCGGAUACACGAGGCGAUGUAACUAUAGUUACACACGCGCGCACCGUGUAACGAUUAUACGCGUUGCUACCUGAAAUGAAUCGACGCGGGCCUCGUGAGAGCCCCAAGUCCGAGCUCGGAUGACCCCGGCGAUUGGCGAAUCCGCGGGUGGAGGAGCGAGCCGUCGUCAUGCGUCGAGCAUGCCAUGCGCACUUAACGGGGAGGUAAUCGCGUUGCACACCUGGCGCAACAUGCAUCCUUCCACGCCCUUGCCGCAGCUCGACCGCCUCGCCAGGGAUAUCGAACUGGCCGCAUUCGAUGAGGAAUCUGUCGCAGUUAUGGCAGUUAUCGAACUCGAUGUCUCCGCCGAGAGGAGCAAGCGUGGGAUGUAGUUGACACUACCUUCCACCUAGCGAGAACACGACGACGACGGAGGCGGAGGACGAGGAGGAAGAGGAGGAGGCGGCGGAAGGGGAGGUGGAGGAGGAAGAG